AUGGAGAGCUUCAACACCUACGUCAACGACAGGUUUCAGGUUGCCAAGGGUCUGCCCGGGGACUAGGUGCUGGACGUCUUUGCAAAACGCAUGCAGCAGAUCAUGUUGCAGUGUUUCUUAGCUGUCAAAUCGAAGCUGGAACGCCGACUGGGCUUCUUCAACCUGAUUGGCUGCAGCUUCAUGGUUGAUGAGGACUUUAAGGUGUGGCUGUUGGAGAUGAACUGUAACCCUGCUCUGCAUACCAACUGUAACCUGUUGAAAGAGGUGAUACUCAGCACUGUUGUGGAGACACUGGAUUUAACUCUGGAGAUCUUCAACAAGUGUCGUCUCAGGCAGACCAUUCUCCCUUUGGACAGCCAAAGAGAGUUUGUGCUGCAGUAUAAUGGAGAGCUUCCUCCCGAUACAGAGCUGGCCUGCAGCAAAAGUCAAUUCAAUCAGAAGAGAUCCAAAAAGACUGAAGUCUGAAGAUGUAAGUGAGGCAAUGAGAGCACAGCUUUGCCCUCAGCGUCCCCUGAUACACCUGUGAAUGUUUCAGAGGACAGUCAGUCAAUGUCCUCCUCACAUCUCCAUCGUCGCCGUCUCUCUCCGCACAGAUCUUCACAUCCAAACAGCCAUAGCACACAGAUUGUAAAAUGUAAGAAGGCCAGGCCUCGGGUUGAACUCAAGCUGAGCAAAUGCACUUUUCACCAUCAGUUGAAGGCUUUGGACGACUUGCAGCACUCAGGGACUCAGGAGGUGAUGACAUCACGUUGAUGUCAUCACCAUCAGUGAGUGAAGAUGUCUCUAUCUGUGAAUCCCCUCAGACAACAAAGUCAACAUCCCCUUUGUACACUGGAUCUCCUCCUGUACAUAUACAUGUGGAGGCAAACCUGAAAGAAGA